CCUGGCUCUGCCUGAGGAGCGGCGGCUCGCGAAGAAGAAGCGUCUCGCCGGGAGUGGGCCGAGGGCUGUGUGGACCGCCAGCCCCUCUACACAGAGCUGCGGUUUCUAUUGAAAUCAGCAUUCUGACAAACUGCUGAAGAGAGAGCCUUGAUAAACUAGGUUGGUUUGACAUCCACAAAUGCAGAACUGAGGGGCUUUGUAGAUCAGAAUUUCAGUCCGACAAAAGGUAACAUUUCACUUGUCGCCUUUCCAGUUUCAAGCACCAACUCACCAACAAAGAUUUUACCAAAAACCUUAGGGCCAAUAAAUGUGAAUGUUGGACCCCAAAUGGCACGAAGCAAAGAGUGAACUGGGAGUGCCUGGAAUCUUCAGACUCUCAAAGCCUAUCCCCACUGCCAUACUCCUUCCAGCAAGGCCUCAUCUCCUAACAACAACACCCGAGGACCAGAUUAUAAGCACACCACAGAGAAUCACCAAUUCAGGAAGUGUUCUGAUUGGGAGUCCAUAUACCCCUGCACCAGCAAUGGUCACUCAGACUCACAUAGCUGAGGCUGCUGGCUGGGUUCCCAGUGAUAGAAAACGAGCUAGAGAAUUUAUAGACUCUGAUUUUUCAGAAAGUAAACGAAGCAAAAAAGGAGAUAAAAAUGGGAAAGGCUUGAGACAUUUUUCAAUGAAAGUAUGUGAGAAAGUUCAGCGUAAAGGCACGACAUCAUACAAUGAAGUCGCUGAUGAGCUGGUGUCCGAGUUUACCAAUUCAAGUAACCAUCUGGCAGCUGAUUCGCAGGCUUAUGAUCAGAAGAACAUUAGACGAAGAGUUUAUGAUGCUUUAAAUGUGCUAAUGGCAAUGAACAUAAUUUCAAAGGAAAAAAAAGAAAUCAAGUGGAUUGGCCUGCCUACCAAUUCUGCUCAGGAAUGCCAAAAUCUGGAAAUAGAGAAGCAGAGGCGGAUAGAACGGAUAAAGCAGAAGCGGGCCCAGCUACAAGAACUUCUCCUUCAGCAAAUUGCUUUUAAAAACCUGGUACAGAGAAAUCGACAAAAUGAACAACAAAACCAGGGCCCUCCAGCAAUGAAUUCCACCAUUCAGCUGCCAUUUAUAAUCAUUAAUACAAGCAGGAAAACAGUCAUAGACUGCAGCAUCUCCAGUGACAAGUUUGAAUACCUUUUUAAUUUUGAUAACACCUUUGAGAUCCAUGAUGACAUAGAGGUACUGAAGCGGAUGGGAAUGUCCUUUGGUCUGGAGUCAGGCAAAUGCUCUCUGGAGGAUCUGAAAAUCGCAAAAUCUCUGGUUCCAAAAGCUUUAGAAGGCUAUAUCACAGAUAUCUCUACAGGACCUUCUUGGUUAAAUCAGGGACUGCUUUUGAACUCUACCCAAUCAGUUUCAAAUUUAGACCCAACUACUGGUGCAGCUGUAACCCAGUCAAGUGUAAACCAAGGGUUGUGCUUGGAUGCUGAAGUGGCCUUAACAACUGGGCAGUUCCCUGCCCCAAACAGUCAUCAGUCCAGCAGUGCGGCCUCUCACUUUUCGGAGUCCCGAGGCGAGACCCCCUGUUCAUUCAACGAUGAAGAUGAGGAAGAUGAAGAGGAGGACCCCUCCUCCCCAGAAUAAAGACAGGAGAGAACUCAUGUUUUAAUA